AUGCAACGAGCUCUGCAAGAAGCUGUGGAUCAUGCUGAUGACACCCUCGAAAGUGUGCGACGGCAACCCCCAAGGAGCAGGCCCUCACCUAGUGGGGAAAAAACUCUCCAUGAAAAGCUGUAUGACAUUUACCUUGAGGAAUGUGAAAAAGAGCCUGUAGUGCCAGGACUUAGAAGCAAUGUUAGCCUGCUGGAGAAGCUGGUUAGAAGAGAGUCGUUGCCAUGCUUAGUAGUCAACCUCUACCCAGAAGAGGAGGGCUAUUCUCUGAUGCUCAAGGACAAAACCGGCUCCCUGUCAGAGGCCUUUCAAGUGACUUGUGUAAAAGAGAGGCUGCUUGAAUACUUGGAUGCAAAAGAAUUACCUCCGGCUCUGAUUGAUGUUCUCGAAAAGUCUCCCGUGAAUGUUUUCCAACAAGGUUGUGUCAUAGCAGAAGUCCGUGACUACAGGCUGUCCAGUAGCACCGAACCUGCUGGAUACCAGAGUCAGUAUACUCUCUUGCGUCCAACGAUGCAGACUCUAGCAUAUGAUGUGGCGACCAUGACAAGCGGUAACUCUGAGUGCACUCAGGAAGAAAAACUUGAGCUUGAGAGCCAACUGAUCUUAGCUACUGCAGAACCACUGUGUCUGGAUCCUAGUGUUUCUGUUACUCUCAUGUCCAAUAGGCUGCUGUAUAAUGAACAGAAGAUGAAAACUGACUCCAUAAGACGGUCCUCCAAGAGGCAUGCGUGGCCCUCUCUGGAUCAGCAGGAAGAACCACCUGAGUGUUCGUUUUCCCCUGACCUCACAACAAUGCCUCCUUGCAAAAAACAAGCAGAGAACUUAGCAGGUGACCCAUGUGACUUUAAGACUGCUGAAGAUGAUGAGUAUGUAAAAGUAUGCAAGCAAUCACCACAUGAAUUAGCUGACUCUUUGGAGAUAGAUAUGAAGAAAUAUGCUGAAGAAAAGCCGGCUACCCAAUGUGAUGACUUUGAACCUACUCUUGCAUCAGCUCCUGAGGUAAAAUACAGUUAUGCACUUGAGUGUGAAGAUGACAGUCAGCCAUCCAAAAUACAGCCUGAGUGUGAAGAUAGCAGCCAAUCAUGGGAAACAGAGAUGAAUACCAUCUUGUCACUUCAUGAGGAACUUUUCUUAGCUGAAAUAGACUCACCCAUUGAAGAUGGUUAUGAUAUCCAGAUGUGUCACCUUCCCAGCUACCUAAGUGAUUGUUCAGAUGGUUCCAAAACUGGAGCAAAGACUGAGUCUGGGAAAAUAGUUGAUGUGUUCCAAGAGUCUAUCCAGAGCAAGGCUGAGUGUACAGGCACUAUGCCAGAGGAGUCAAGUGGCUCAGCCAGUCAUGGUCUGCCCUCUGUAACCACCAAUUUAGUGCAAUACUCAGUCACUGAGAAGGAAGACAAAACUCCUGUUCUACCAGUCACCCUUCCCUCCAGCUCAAGACAGGGAUUGUCAGUUACCACAGAUCCCACAUCACAGGUCAGCAUACCUAGAAAGCCCUCACAGCUCGCUCCUGCUCCUCUUGAGCCAGCUGGUCAGGUUCAGCAGUCCUAUAAAGUGGUAGACAUGGUUGACACACUUCUUCCAACUGCCCAGCCCUCUGCUAGCUUGUCAGAAUGCUUAACCACCCCGGAUACCUCCAGCAUCACAGGUGUGAAUGUCAUCAGUGUGCCUCCAGGAGCUCCUCCUCCAGAGAAUUAUUCAACCCAAGUCCUGGACCCUAUUGAUAGUCAACUUCCCAGUGCACACCCUGAGGCAGCACAGCAGAUUUCUGUCCAGUCAUUUGAAGGUAAUUCUUUAGGUUCCAUGAGUGUGAAGCUUCCAUCUAGUUCCACUGUUUUAGGCUCACAGCAGCAGCCACAACUGCUACAUGUGUUGGUUGCAAAAGAAUCCUCUCAGACACCCGGGGAUCCUCUUCCACAGCCAGCUCCACCCACUCCAGCUCAAGGGCAGAGCAGUCAGCAGAGGGCUUUGCCAGCUCAGCAAGCUUGUUCCGUUAACUUUGCUGGAGCCAGAGAGUUUGAGGAGCCCCAAGCAGCUGAGGUAUGUCAGGUUGUCUCUACCCAGCCAACUCCUGAGCAGAACGUUCCCCAACAGAGCUUCCAGCUCUCUGAUGCCCUGACGCAGCAGCUGCCUGGUCAGUCCCAGAAUGUGCAGCUGACAGAUGUGCCUCUCACAGUAUCAGUAGCCACAGAGGCCACUCAGCCCAAUCAGCAAGGCAGUCUAGACAGUCAAGAGGUAAAGGGAAAGGAGACACUUCAACCUCCUUCAAAGUCUGACUCUUGA